AUGACGGGCUGGAUAGAAUCAUUUGGUGGGCUGGAUAUGACUCGCGGGCCGUAUUUUGCCCACCCCUGCUCUAAGACGACGUGCUUGGCAAUGCUACUUUGGCAUCGAGUGAACUUUGUGAUGGUCUCGAUAGUCUGGUUCUUGAGCCACACAGAUUCUCAGUGCUCCAUAGCACUGCUGAAAACAGCUCAGCUUAGCCAGCCUGGCUAUCGGCAAGAAUUGGAGGAGCAGCCAAGAAGCCAAUCACGUCCACAGCAUCUCCAACACAUUAAAUGGAACACACACAGGAUCAGAAAACAAUUCAGUUUGUAUAUUGGUUUGUUCCUAGCAGUCAUUUCCAGUCUCUUCAUUGGAUGCAGCUUUAUAUUUAAGAAGAAAGGCCUCUUGAGAUUGUCAGAAAAAGGGAUUACCAGAGCUGGUCAAGGAGGGUAUGCAUACCUCAAAGAGUGGCUGUGGUGGACAGGUUUGAUCUUUAUGGGUGCUGGGGAAGCUGCUAACUUUGCUGCCUAUGCAUUUGCACCCGCCACACUUGUGACACCAUUAGGUGCAUUAAGUGUACUUAUAAGUGCAGUGCUUUCAUCAUAUAUCUUAAAUGAGCGACUUAAUAUUCAUGGAAAACUGGGCUGUAUGCUGAGCAUCGUGGGUUCAACAGCAAUGGUAAUCCACGCUCCACAAGAGGAAGAAGUCCAAUCCUUGCAGGAUAUGGAAGAAAAGCUCAAAGAUACCGGAUUCAUCAUAUUUGCCAGUGUCACAGUUAUGGUUAUUGUGGUACUGAUUUUCUUUGUGGCCCCCAAAAUGGGACACAGCAAUAUCUUGGUCUAUAUUUCCAUCUGCUCACUGCUUGGGGCCUUUACUGUAUCCUCUGUGAAGGGACUAGAUAUUGUUAUUAAAGAACUACUUGAAAAGAAACCGGUAGCAACCAACCCAUUGACUUGGAUUCUAUUGUUCACCUUGGUGAUUUCCACAAGCACUCAAAUCAACUACCUAAACAAAGCACUUGACGUCUUCAACAUCUCUAUAGUGACCCCUGUUUACUAUGUAUUUUUCACUAGUGUGGUCAUAACUUGCUCUGUAAUAUUUUUCAAAGAAUGGAACAGCAUGGACAUUAAGGACACCAUUGGGAAUAUCAGUGGGUUCUGUACCAUAAUCAUUGGCAUCUUUCUACUUCAUGCUUUUAUGGAUGUUGAAUUUACCUGGGAACAGUUAACAUCUCUCAUUAAGAAAGAUAGAGCACAAAUGAAUGGAUUUGGGCAUGAUGACCACCAAGUCUUACUGGAGAACAUGGGCAGCCCAUCAAUUAAUUAUAAUGAUGAAGCAAAUAUAUUCUUUAACUCUACCGGAGCAAAUAUUUUGGAUGACGCCAAUCUAAGUAAGUAACCACACACACUAUGUAUGGCUUUCAAAAAAACCUCCAGGACUUUAACCCUUUGAAGUCCGCUGAAGUAUUUUUUGUGCAAUAUCCAAACCAUUCUCCAGGCUGCAUAACAAAUGUACAAUUAUUUGUCUAUUUUUGUUUGUACUGUUUUCAGAGACUUCUUUAGGGCCAAAGGUGAUGUAAAAGCAUCUAAUUUAUAAGAUACACAGAAAGGAUUUAUAAAUGGUGAAUUAU